AUGGAUACAACAGCUAUGAUCUAUAAGGUCCUCUGUGCCCAUAAUGGGUAUUUUGAGCUGGAAGAAUUGCGUGCCAACAUUAGCACGAUAGAAGACGACCUGGAGAGUGUUUUAGGGAAUCAGGAGAUAUUUACCAGCGCUGUCUCCGAGGGAAACAAACUGAUAGUUGCCAAGACGAAGAUGAGGUUAUGCAGAGCCAAGGAAUGUAAUGGCUGCAGCAAUUUACACCUGUGUAUAUUCUACCUUUAUGGAACAUGUCGAUUCAAUGAGAGGUAAACCUUGUUAUUCUUUUGGUCAAUAGACCUUGUCAGACUCAAGGUCCUGUUAAUACUGUUUGUAGAUUUGUUUAAUAUAAUGUGGUUCUAAAUAUUAAGAUUUAGAGGCUACAGUAUGUAUUUUAGAAACCGUAAAAUGUUCUUGAAAUGUCAUUAAGACGAACUAAAUGCUGGCAUUUUACUCUCUAGCUAAAACACUUUCUCUAACCAUGCAAUCAUACGUUCAACUGACACGGCCAUAACAGAUGGGGUGUGUUAUAAAGCAACAGCUGUUCAAUAGCCAUUUCCCUUUUAUCAUUUGAUAUUAUAUGCUCUUCGCCAACAUUUUCCUGUUAGUAUUAUCAAUCUCAAAAUGCUGAUUUUAAAAAGGGAAGUAGGCCUAUUGGGAAAGUAUCUUGCUUUCUUUGUAAUUUGCAGACAAGAAUGCCGCUUCUGUCAUCAGCUGACGUCAGAACACAACAUCCGAGUCCUGAGAGAGCAUCACCUGGAGAAACUGGACAGGAAGGAGCUGUGUACAUUACUGUUGCAGAAUGACAACACCCUCUUACCCCCAGUAAGCUCGUAUUUUCAGGCUCCUUGCAGCUUAUUGGAAGCAAUUUAAAAGCAUACACACAUAAACAUAUACUUUCAGAAGAUAAAUGUUUUAUUCUUACUUGCAAUAAAGAAAACAAACAUUUUGUAAGUAGAAUGGGUUCAUACUAGAAUGUAUUAAUGCAUCUUAAAUGCAUGACAAAACAUAUUUUUGAGCUGGAUUUGGGAUGGGUUGGUGUUUUCUUUAAGUCUUUGCAUCAUUCUCUUGAGUCUUGUUCAUAUUUACAUCAUAAUAUAAUUACCUCCUAAUACUGUAUAUCCUCAAACUGAGCAUGUAGAUAUCCAGAGUAAAGAAACUUAAUUCCCCUUUAAUACAUUUGAUGUGCCCUUAUCAGGAGUGGUUUGUGUUUGUCUCCAGGUUUGCUUCACAUACAACAAAGGUAGUGGAGAGUACGGAUACUGUCCUGACAAGGAGAGCUGCAGAAGACUCCACGUCUGUGAGCGCUACAUCACAGGAACCUGUGCUGCGGACGUGGACUGUGGCAGGUCUCACGACUUCUACGAGCCCCACCCGCUCAACACCCUGCAGCAGAGGGGAGUACCUAAUGAACUGGUGCCAUCCAUGUUGUCCACCUACCGUAACAUCCAGGCCAUUCAGUAUGAGGAAGGCUCUAGACCUGUAUGUCAUCCUCCUCUGCCACCACCACCACCACCACCACCUCCCCCACCCCCUCAAACCUAUCUUCCAGCCCCCAAUGUUUUCCAAAGAGAGACCCACUACAUCCACUUGCAGCCAAUCAUAGUACACUCACAAGUGACCCCUUCAAUGCUCCGUAACCUCAAGUUAAAAUCCCGUCCCUUUGUCCAGACCAAACCCAAGAGCCAUACUAAGCCAUCCUCAUCAGCUUCACACCAAUCAAAGUCCGCUAAACCGCCUCCACCAGCUUCACACCAAUCAAAAUCCUCUAAACCGCCUCCACCAGCUCCACAGCAAUCAAAAUCCUCUAAACCGCCUCCACCAGCUUCACACCAAUCAAAAUCCUCUAAACCACCUCCACAAGCUUCACACCAAUCAAAAUCCUCUAAACCACCUCCACAAGCUCCAGACCAAUCAAAAUCCUCUAAACCGCCUCCACACCAAUCAAAACCCUCUAAACCGCCUCCACCAGCUCCACAGCAAUCAAAAUCCUCUAAACCGCCUCCACCAGCUCCACACCAAUCAAAAUCCUCUAAACCGCCUUCACCAGCUCCACACCAAUCAAAAUCCUCUAAACCAGCUCCACACCAACCAAAAGUUACCAAAGCAACUCCAUCAGUCAGGCGAAGAUGAAUAUUUGCAGAAACCAGAAAUCAUAUAUGUUUAG